AUGGCCUAUCCGGGUCCGCCACGCCGGACCGCCGGUGUGGUGCGCUACAGCCUGCUCGCCCUCGCCCUCCUCUCCGUCCUCCUCUACUUCCGCCACAGCGCCCAGAACGCCGGCUUGACUUCGCCCUUCAGGAUCGAUAUCGAUCCCAAGCCUGACCCGCCCCUCGAAGGUGCGCCGCCGACCCCAGAAAACCCCAUACCCCAGACGCCGGCCCCCGUUGACCCGCCGCCUCCAGUCGAACCACCGGUCGAGGAGGUCAAGGAACCAGUCGUAGUCGUGGAUGUGCCGCCCCCCGCCGUCGAGGAACCCGCCGUGGAGGAGGAGCAGCCGCCCGUGGCCAAACCCAAAGCACCGCCGCACCCCAUCGACACCCUGAUCGAAGCCGCCGAGAAGACCUUCGACGACCUGCUGAAGAAGGAGAGCCACGACCUCAAGACCGCCGCCGCCGUCUACCGCGAGCGGAGAGGACGCCACCCCCCGCCCGGCUUCGACGUCUGGUUCAAGUUUGCGCAGGACAAUGGCGCCGUCAUGGUCGAGGAUUUCUUCGACCAGAUCUACCAUGACCUGGGUCCCUUCUGGGGCCUCCCUCCCUCCACCAUGCGGAAGGAGGCCUGGGAUUACGAGAUGACCAUCAAUAUUCGAAAUCACACCGCCUCCACCGGCAGCGAGUGGUUCUGGACCCAGAUCUGGCUGAACCUCACCAAGACGAUCGAGCACAUGUUGCCGGACAUGGACAUCGCGCUGAAUGCCAUGGAUGAACCUCGGGUGGUGGCGCCGUGGGAAGACAUCAAUCGCUAUAUGGAGACGGAGCGCAAGACGCGGGUCAUGGCGCCGGCGCAUGAAGUCAUCUCCGAAUUUCAACAUCUUGCAUUACCUGGCGAGUUGGACAGGGAGGUGAAGACGCGGGAUAAGGAGUGGGAGGAUACGAGGCCUUUCUGGCAGGUCGCCUCCCGAGGCUGUCACCCCGACAGUCUUGCUCGCCAGGCGGAGACCAUGUCCGAUUUUGACCACACUCCUGUGAUAUCCCUCGCGCAUACCCUACCGCAUACCUACAAAGGCUACGUCUCGAAUUACUCCCUCUCUACCGAUUUCUGCCACCAGCCCGAUCUCCAAUCCCUCCAUGGGAUGAUGAUUGCGCCACUCUCCGUCUCCGCGACCAAGACCAUGUUCCCUAUCUUCGGCGGUUCGAAACUCCCCACGAAUAACGAGAUCCUCCUCCCUCCACCGAUGUACUGGAGCAACGAAGAGCGUUUCUCCGGUGGUGAUGACCAUGGCGAGCCUUGGGAACACAAGAUGGAUGAGGUGGUCUGGCGAGGGGUCGCAACUGGUGGACUCAACACGGCGACGAACUGGAAAGGAUUCCAGCGCCACCGAUUCGUCGCCAUGACCAACGGAACCAAGAUCUCCGGCGCAGAGUCAUGGGAGCAUAUCCCAGAGAAUUGGGCCAUGCCGCCCUCGUUAUACAACUUGGCUGCGCAACAAGAGAAUAAGCUGGGGGAGUGGACCAGCAAGUGGUCAAAUACCGGGUUUGUGGACCUGUCGUGCAACCCCCCCGAGACGACCGGGACCUGCAGCUACACGUCCCCCUACUUUGAGAUCGUGCCGGGCAUGAAGAUGAGCGACCAGUUCGACCGGAAAUACGUUCCCGACAUCGACGGAAAUUCCUUCUCCGGCCGCUACCGCGGCUUCCUGAUGUCCACCUCGCUGCCCAUCAAGGCCACGAUCUUCCGCGAAUGGCACGACAGCCGAUUGGUGCCGUGGAAACACUUCGUACCGAUGGACAACCGCUUCAUGGACUUCUACGGCAUCAUGGAGUAUUUCCUUGGCUACGAGGGCGAGGACAUCAAAGUGCCGGGCCACGACGACCAGGCGGGCAAGAUUGCGCUCGCGGGCCAGGAGUGGGCCAAUAAGGUGCUCCGAAAGGAGGACAUGCAGAUCUACGUGCUCCGAUUAUUACUGGAAUACGCGAGGUUAGGGGACGACAACAGAGAUAAGCUCGGAUGGGUAGACGAUUUGUUAUAA